CAUCAAGUCAUGCGAGGCUCGACAUCCGGCACGGAUAUUUUUAACCAACCACCCUCAAUAUCAGAGGACACGGUUCAAUACACAUUCUAUCCUAAUCCUUCAGUGUCCAUCUCGGAGUCUUCAUGUGUGGUGUUGGGUGCUCAAAUUCGGGAGACAGUGCACUCGCGGCUUCCAACAUCCUUUUUGUGGCAUAAAGAUGCGUUUGAGGUAAAGUUAGCCCGUGCCCUUCCCAAUGAGGCCCCCUCUCGCACUCCGCGGUGGAAACUAGAAGGUACUGUGCGUAUUGGCGACAGCAUCGAUGAUGAAUGGUGUUUGGUGUGGCUUUUGCGCGAGGUGUCUCUAAUAAUCGAUGUUGCAAUAAGCAUCUCUGACUCAGAUGGAGAGUUUUUACUGAUUGAAGCAGCUGAUGUGCUGCCCAAAUGGAUUUCCCCAGCAAAUUCGGAAAAUCGGGUUUGGAUUUUUCAGUCCCAGAUACACCUCAUUCCAAUCCACUUCGUGUCAACGCCUGACGUCCCACGAGUGCGACGUCAUGGUUCCCUGAAAUACAUAAAUGAGGAAGAACCCGGCCUGGAGAUGGAUAACGAAUCGUAUAUUAGCGUAAUUGAUGCGCUUGAGACACUGCGCGACUCAACCAUUGAGACUGUUGCGCCACAUAGCAUGCAUUUAAGAGUUGAUAAUAAAAUUAAGAGUUAUCCCCAAGCAUGCCAUAACCAUACUCAUCUGACUCGUGCCUUCCUUCCACUUGACAUCGCUCUUGCACUGAGUGAAGAAUCGGCAUUAGUGCAACGAGCGGUGGAGGCUUUUUACACUCGGGAUGCCAUCCAGCUACGACCUGUCUAUCAAAUGUCCAGGUUCCCGCCAUCCAGUUCCAUUUUCGCCUCCAUACGGAUGACACGCAUAGCAUAUGCUCAGCUGGUCAGCCAAAACUUCCAUCCCCCUAAAAUUUUUGGACGAUGGAGUGAGAAAGAGGGAAGCCGGGACUGGCAAGCGAAAAGUCUUGGCAUGAAGAUAGCUUGUGGCUUUGAGAUGUUAUAUGCAGAAACCAAGUCGAAAGCUUCGGUAAAAACAAAUAAAGCAUUGGCCCUCGGCGUUACCAAAGAUGCCCUGGCGCUUGACAAGGGAUAUCAAGAGUACAUUCGAACGCUUGCGAAACUUGGCUACUUCGACCAUGAACUUGAAGGCUCCCAAAAAUGGCGGGAAGCCGAGAACCGAGCUGUGCGUGCUUGGCUUGAUGUUAGGAAAGCAGAUGAAACUGGACGUCUAUCAUUUGCAGAGAAUGUCAACGUUGCGGUCGAAAAAGCGAAGAAGCACUCAGAACUGACAGUCUUCGACCGUGGUGAAGAUCCGGACGAGUGGAUGACGGCAUCUCCAGAUGAUUUGGGCGGCCUGUUUGAUGGUCUGCAAUCAUCAACGCAAGUGACGUUGGCAGAAAACGAAGAGGAUCCAACGGUGGCUGACCAAGCCUCAAAGCUGAAAAAGCUUGCCGGACGAGUAGAACAAUUCGUGCAGAGGGAGGGUGAUCUUGAAGGCGCCAAAUUUGAUGAUGAUGAGGUUCUGGAUGAUCUGUCAGACGGUGAGUCGCUUAACUUAAGUGAUGAGGACGGAUGGGCGUCUGCAGGGGAUGAGCCGAUGGAUGCGGCGGCUCGUGCAAGGGUCAUGGAUGACCUUGUUCCUCCUCUUCCUGCUUCGGAGUACGGUGCUUUGCCAGCCAAGUACUCUAAUUCUCGGCCAAUUGCACGUCGGCAGCCAAUGUCGACUUCUGAGGAUCCCACCAUGGAUUCUUGCCAGUCUAAACCAAUUCGAAAGCCUAUCUUUCAAAGGGACAAGUUUGACGGAGUGGACUCAGAUGAUGAGAGUGAUCCUGAUGAUGACUUGGACUUCAUUCCUUGCGACGACAGUGAAGAGGACGAGGACCGACCGACUGUUGUAGGAGAGAUCGAAGUGGACAUGGAAGCUGAGAAGGAAGAUUUCAUUCAGUUCACUAGGGACAUCUUGGGCAUCAGCACGGAACAGUGGGAUGACAUUGUGAAAGUCCGCCAAGAGCGAGGAGCCUUCGUACCCAAUUUACCGGGGCCAACCUCCGAAAUAGCCAAUGGGCCUCACCCCCCUGAUCUCCACUCGUUCGAGAGCCUCAUGACAACGAUGGACUCGAAGCUUCAACAAGCUCAGCCAGCACGGACAUCACAAAAAGGGAAGGAAAGGGCAUUGCCCCCUUUUUCUAGCAUGUCACCCACAUUUGAAGACGAUGAGAGUCUUGACAUCGAAGCACGAAUGGAAGCUGAAUUACUUCAUGCCAUAGAGCACGACAGUGAUUCCGAGGAUGAAAACAUGGAGCCAAACAAGGAAUAUGAUCUUAUCAAAAACUUUUUGAAAAGUUAUGCAGCGCAGGAUGGUUUGUCUGGACCAGUCAGCAAUCUGGUUGGCCGAUUGAACGAGAGUAGUUCAAAGGAAACAUAAUUUCUAAAUUACUCAAGCGAGGGUGUAGUUUACAUCAUACAGAGGCUAAUGUAUGUGUAGCGUCUCAAAUCAUGCGUCUAUGAUGGAGUCAUCAGGACAAAUCAAUUUAAAUAAAGUGCUUG